AUGAAGGUAUUUGAGAAGCUGGAUGAGGAAUCGUACACGCCGAUCGACCUGUUGUCCUUCAGUCGCCAAUACAAGAGGAAGGCUGUGGACAGGGGAACCAAAGCAGAGGUUGCAGAAAGACUGCUCCAAGUCAUGAAGAAGAAUCCAGGCAAAGACAGACCAAAGCAGCGCAAAGCUGAUAAAGAAGAUGAAGGAUCCGACGCGAACUCGUUCGGGGAAAAAAGAUGCGUGGCCUGGGAACCUCCCCAGCAGGCUGGUUCAGGAAAUCAUGAGGUUUAUGAGAUUCCCGAUGAUGGUGUGGAUGAUGAUGACCUCACGAUCCUGCUGGAUGUGCCGCAGGAUGCUCCAGAUGCCAAGGUUGCUGAUGCAGACGUUAUGGCCAUUGAACCAUCAGAUGAAGACAUGGCUCUGCAGAAUGAGGAUAUGUUGGCUAUUGUUCUGGGAAGGCCAUGCCGCGACCAGUGCUGUUUCAACUCGCUGGGAUGUAUUGUGUCCAUUGAUGAUUUGCCGGGCGGUGCCUCAGAGGGCAUUCUCGAUUACCGUCUGAAACGACGGAAGAUGAUCGGUUGCGCACCGGCACGUGCUGCAACAGAACGGUUGCUUCAAUCCCUUCCAACGACUCUGUCGGUGGGCGGCUACCAGUACCAGGCACUGUCACAGGCAGCAGCCGUAAAAUAUGGUUGUGCCUACGUUUGCUCCGAGCGGCCGAGCUGGAAAACUGCCUCGCACAACACGGGCGCGGUGGACGACUGGUUUGGCUGCCUGAAAGGCGGCGUAGCUGUCGGAGACCUGGCUGUCUCACCCGACGCGGUGAAAGAGCUUCCCGUGAGGUGCCCAUCCAUUGUUACAGAGAAAAGGGGAGAUGCAACCCGUCGGGGAACAGCUCUUUGCGCUGGGAUCCUGGGAAAGUGUGGAAAGAAGCGCACGGCGGGUAUCGACGAGCCGAUGCCUGGACCUUCUUCCGGUAUCAACCAGAUGAUGCCGGGCGCGGGUCUUCUCACACCUCGAUCUCUCACUGAACCCACCGGAAGUUCGUACUUCCCGGAUCAGCUUCGGCAUGGUUCUGUGGCAGCUCGCGCCCACACGGAUGGUUAUCACAUUGAGCCUUCAGACCAUAUCCUGGGACGUGAGUCCGAGACUCAACCCAUAGUCGUGCCAGAUGUUCCGGUUUGCAUGCCAAACUUUCGUCGCCACACAGACACGGAUCAGGCGUUCCGCCGACAGAUGACCGCGCCGUGCCAGCACGUUCCGCAAAAUGUAUUUGACUGGACGCAAGAGCCGCGUUCUGGGGUUCCGAUUGGCCAGGAGCUGCAAUUGCCGGACGAAGGCGAGCAAGUCUCCGACCGGCGAGAGGGUCCUCUUCCGAAGCUGUUGAGCAGCGGUGAUGACCUUGCAGUGCAACGGCGCAUCAACAAGGCUCUCACCAGCGCUGCUCGGUCCAAAAAGGCCGAAUGCAUCAACAUGGUCUUGCGGGUUGCCGCGGCCAACUUGCACCUGAUGAAUGGCGUGAACGUGGCCACAGCAAUCCAUCGGCUUGCGCGCAUUUGCGACGGAUCGCAGCGGAACAUCGACCAGGUCGCCCAGGAUGAAGUCUUCCAGCUCAUGUUGGAAAUUGCGGAGUGCAAGGCCCAGCAAGAGUUCCAGUUACAGGACAGCAGCAUGCCAAGCAGUUGCUGCACGAUAAUCAUUUGGUCAUGUGCUGUUUUGCGGUUUUUCGUGCCAUCCUUGAUGGCGGUACUUGCGAGAGUGGCAUCCCGGUCUCUGGCCGACUGCCAAUCUUACGAGGUCACCAACAUGUUGUGGGGUUUUGCUGAGCUUUGCAAGAGGGAGCCAGUAAAGGCGGCAGGCAUGCGUGGCAGCAUCGAGGAGUUGGUGGAUGCCGCAGCAUGCGUUAUGAUGCCUCGAAGGGCCGCUUCCUGGAAGGUCCAAGUCCUCAUCUCGGCUUUCGUCUCGCUGGCAGCUUUCCCCUGCGCCAGUCAAAUCACCACGCGGCGUCUCGUGGUGAGCAUCAUCCAGGAACUCGCCCAGCGCAGUGCAGAACUGGUGUUCCAUGACAUCCUCGGCAUUAUUUCGAUGAGAAGCACGUCGUUCUUAGCACAGGUGGUCUCAAGUGGCACGGUGAUGAAUCACAGUGCGUCCGAGGUGCCGGACGGACGUGUUGAUGUGAGCAUCUCGAGUCGCGGAAGCAUGGAUGAACUUGUUGCAGUUUUUGGCAGCUUCCCUGCCACUUAUCCCUGGCUGCGCACGCAAUUUGCGGCCGGACGGGCCGCUGGCAAGCGCAGCACCCCGCUUUGGGGCGAGGCGAAGUGGCGGAUCGCAAUGCAGCUGAGGCGUGGCGAUCGUCCGAACAUGUGCCCAUUGGGAGUAGCGCCGACCCCGAAGCCGCCCGUGGAUCCCACGGUGCUCUUCCAACAGUCCUUGAUGGACAAAUCUGGUCCCGUUUCAGGUCCUGAUGUGCAAGAGUUCGAGUUCGCAUCUAGUGCAGAGACUGAUGAAGGCAGAAUGUGGGAUUUCUUCCACAUGUUGGCGAAGCUCAGUCCGCCAGUAAUCGUUCAAGAGCUCUGCAUUGACACUGCUUGGCAACACCGUAUCAAUGCAAAAGGAGCAGAGGGUACAGAGUAUGUCACGUCAGUCAGAAUUUCGCCAGAUGGCCCUGCGCUCAAUUGGUGGCUCACUGAUGACGGUCGUAUCCGUAUUGAUGGAACGGCAUCAGUUGUGGAAGUUUUCAAGCCCAGAUUGCGAGCGCUUCUGCCGAAGUAUGCCAAGGGUCAAACGAGUCAGCAUGAAUUCACUGGGAAGGCUGGCAAAGCCUGCAAGCUCCGUAUGGGCCAGUUCUCAUGUGAAGCAACUGCGAGGCAAGAGCGUCAGGAGAGGAUCCGAGGCCAAAUUCUCAUGCUUCCUGAAGAAGUGGUUUUCUGCCCACAUGGGAAACAGGGGGUUUGGGAUGUCCUUGAAUCUGCUGUGGGUGUGCGAAAUGUACCAGAGAAUAAAGCCAUUCCUCGGCCGCUUUUCCUGCGGAAUGGUGCUAUGGUUCAGAUUUGGGCGUCUGGCAGGAUUAAAGCAACAGACAGCACGGCAGACAUUUCGUGUCUGGAUGAAGUGGAGAGGGUGCUCAUGCAAGACAUGGGUGUUCGCCGGGUUCCGGAUCCAUCCGUGUUUCAAGGGAAUCGUCCUUUGAGUUUUGGUUAUGGUCUGAAGGCCCCCGCGCCCGAGACGGCAGCGCUGAGCCUCAGAUUUUUCAUUCGGCGGCUCCGUACUGGCAGCUUUCCAGAGGCUGUUCAAGGUUGA